GUAAUUAUAAGGAGCGCUAAGUAUGAGCUGUGACCAUGAAGAACGCGGGUAGCGCUUCAGGGCCCAAAAUCGAAAUUAAUUAUAAGUAAAUUUGAAGGUUUGUUCCCCGUCUUUACAAUUAAGUGAAAAAGGGAACGCUAAUUGGACUCUGACCAAUAUCAUGAACUCUAAUGUAUGCACGAUUGACGACUUUUCCGAGCUUAAGGAUCUAGUUGAGAAGUCCCAUAAUGUUAAGGCAGAUGUAUCUGAUGAAAUCAAGAACUUACUUGCUAGAAGAAGUGAAAUAGAGCACAAAUUAAAAAAGAUAAACUCUCUAAUACCUGAUUUCCAUAAGUUACAAAUAAAUGCCGAAAAUUCUUCAAGAUUGGUGGGCUGUGCUUCAAAACUUGCUCUACAGCUCAGUGGGAAAGUGGAGCAAUUAGAUUUUGUAAAAAAUCAUGUUCUUAAUUGUGUAGAUAAACUUAGUCAUAUAAUUACUGUAAGGAACAGUGCAGUUGGAGUGAAACGAUGUCUCAUUGACUCUAAAUUAGAUGAAGCCGCUGGUUACGUGUUUACUUAUCUGGAAAUGGAGAGAGACAUAAUUUCUCUUAUCUCUCGUCUAUCAGCGGAUAAUCCUGAUAAUAACCCAUUGAAAACUCUGGAUGACAGUCGACAAAUUCUCGUAAAGAUGGCAAUUGGGAAAUUCGAUGAAUAUGUUUCGAAACGGGAUGAAAAGAAUAUAGUACAUUUGUUAAAGAUAUUUUUCUUAUUGGGCGAAACCAAUGAAGGAAUUCGACGAUUUUCUACAUAUCUUUGUUCAUACAUUUCAAAUAAAUGUGAAAUAUUGAUAAAUACUUAUAAAUCAUCUUCAAAAUCAUCUGAAUUUGCAUCAGCUAAUCUAAUCACAGAAAUUUUAGAGUUUGUUGCGGAUACAUUAAAAAAUAAUUCAAUGUACGUCGAAACAUACUGUGGCCCAGGCAACAUAUUUGGGUUUGUAUCUUCUGUUCAUUGUGUCGUUGACCAAUACGUCAAGUGUGUAAUCGAGCGUUUCUAUGAUUGUCAUCACCUUGAUGAACUUUGUUCAGUGCUCAAGAAAUUAAAUAGUAAUAGUUUAAACAGUAAAAGACAUGAUUCAUCAGCUCAAUCGAUCAAUAAAGAUAAAAUAUUGGAUUCAAACGAAUUAGGAUCAGAUCGCGUAUUGAUCAUUGAGCCUAUAAUUGUUGAAACGUUACAGAUCAUUACAUGUUCAGAACUUUAUUUGAGAUUUAUACAAAGGCGAAUUUCUGCUGAUAUCAAACAGUGCAAUCUUGCAGAAAAUGAUUUUAAAAAAAAAAGUGAUGAAAUUUCAAAGUUUUUUGAAAAUUCUCAUCUUGUUUGUCAAGUACAAGAUUUACUCAAUAAAUAUCUUAAUUUAGAACAAUAUUAUCUUUAUGUGACAAUGAUAAAGGCAUUAAAUUCAGAUGAAGUCGACUCAUCUAGUAAUAUAUGGUGUUUUAUUGACGAUGUGUUUUUCAUCACUAAGAAAAGUCUUGUUCGAUCUCUUUCAUCUGGUAAUGUGGAUACUAUUUGUGCUAUGGUGAAUCAUAGUUGUUCAAUGCUAAUUGAUCUUAUGGUAAAUGAUUUUCUGGGCAACGUUAUUCGUACAGGGUUUCCUUCGGGUUGGGUACAAGAUGCAUACACUUAUGUUCAGAAUAGUGUUGCUGUGGCUGGUUCACUUAGUUCUUCUUCAUCCAUUGUCAAUGUUCCAACAGUAUCAUCAUUUAAUAUGAUUGGACCUAAUGCACUUACACGAUAUCAUUUUCUAAUUACUCUUAAUAGUAUUGAAGCAUGUCAAAAAGAUUUAUUGUCACUUGUUAAUCAUCUUGAAAGUGAAUUAAAUUUACUUUAUCAAAAUCAAGAAAUCAAUUCACAAAAACUUAAUAUGUGUAUCACGGAAUUAAAAGUUUCUAUCUCAGAUCAUCUUCAAGCAUUACUUGAUUCUGCAUUCGAGUAUCUUUCAACUAAUGUCAUUCAAAGUCAAGUAAAAACUUUGUUAAAUGUUUUCAAAUCAUUAAAAUAUGAUUUAAUUGAGGAGGAUCUAGAUGUAUUCGCUGCUAAUGAUCGAUGGAUUGAAUCAUGUAUAGCUCAUACAGAAGAUUUUCUCAAACCAUUUAGGUCUGUUCUGUCAACUGAGAAUAACGAUCGAUUUGUAUUAAUUCUCAUAAAUGAAAUUUUGCAUCAACUUGAUCAAUUUAUUCAAAGGAAAUCUUUCAGUAGAUUUGGAGCUAUUCAACUAGAAAAAGAAUAUCGUAAUUUGUUUGCAUAUUUGACAUCAAUAUCUUACAGCUCUUUGCGUGAUUAUUUUACGCGUAGUUUACAGAUUUGUAGACUUUUAAACUUGGAUCGAAUUGAAGAAGUACAUUAUUAUUGGAAUAGUUCUAAUUGGCGUCUUACUGCACAUGAAGUCAGAAGUAUUCUAUCUCUAAGACGUGAUUUUGCUGUAAAUGAAAUUCGUGCACUUAAACUACAAUGAUCUUACGUUUUGUCAGUUGUUCUCCUUUCUUUUUUUCUCUAAUUGUUUUUAUUUUCUCUAAAUGUUUUCGUUUUGUUUUUCUAAUUUUUACAAUCUAAUAAAAUUUAUGGGAUAUCUCAAUUGUUGUUACCAUAGAAUUGGUUAGUUUUUACAAAUUUGAUAGAGUUGAAUUAGAGGUUUUCUUUUUUGAGUCAUGAAUUCUUCAACUUUGACAAGAAAAUUGACUAACUAUUCAUAUUAAUAUUAUUCAUGAAUUUAUGAUCAACACAAAUGGAAAAUUUAGAAUUACAUUAGUCGAUAAUAAUUGAAUUACAAUAACUGUAGAACCUGAUGAGAAUUUAUCGAAAAGAAUAUUCUUCGUUCAAAUACUAGUCUUUUAUCUAAUGAUCGUUGAAAAAUAUGUAUCUUUAUUCGUUUCUGUUUUAUAAAACAAUACGAGAUGAAAUUGCCUUGAAAAUAAAUGAUUCGCACGAGUCAGUCUAUGGUUGCAUUUCCAUAUAUAUUCAGUUUGAGCAUAACAAAACGGUUCCUCGAAUUGAAGACAGUCACGCUCGUUGAUUAGAUAUUCCAUAUUUUAUUGGAGGAUCAAUAGUCUGUUUUUACAAAAUGCUUUAGGUAUUAUGGUUUGUGUAAUUUGUAGACGAUAUUCGUGAAUUAUUGACCGCAUUGGCUUACUUUGAAAUAAAUUGGUAAGUCUCCGUUGUAAAAUCGUCACCUGUUGGACUCAACUAGUUUGGGAUUGACGCAGUCGUCAACAAUAAGAUUAAAUGAUCGUAUCAAUGUUUUUGGUACUGAAUGAUGUUAGAUUUGGUAUAUUGUCGAACCCCCGCCUAGUUGUCUAAUAGCUAAGUGCUCUCUUCGAGAUAUAUGACCAACCUGUAACGAAAAUAUUUUAGACUAUUAAAUUAUGGUGAGAUUUGAUCAAAUGUUCUUCAGGGCAGUAUGAACAUUGCUGUAUAUUAGAGUAAAACCUAUUUAGGGUCUAACUGAAAACAAAACCGUUUGGUUGUGUGUACUAGCUUUCACUACCGAAAUUUUGAAUAUAUAUAUAUAAGAUCUUUACAAAAAUAACCAAACUCAUCACUACUCGCUUGCUGAUUUCACAUCUGAAAUGUUCGAAUAAUGGAAUUUCCGUGUUGAAAACGAUCAUCCAUACACAGAACACCUUGACGAAAAAAUGUAAGCGAAUUCAAUUCAAUUCUUGAACUAAUAAUUAUGCAAGUAAGAAAAUCAAUCAUUGUUGUACCUCGAACUUUUUUUUACACCGGAAAUAGCAUGUUUAUUAUCAUAUAACACUCAGUGCUCGGUUUAUUCACAGUGAUGUCUCUAUUUAAUUUAUUUUUUAUGAACACAGACAUUAUUCCAAAGAGGCAUCAACUAUAUAUGCAUUACAUUUUGUCAUUCGAUUUGUGUGAGGGCUGGGAGACUGCCCAGGUGCCCAAACCGGAGCAGGUGGUUCUCUUAGGAGGACAUACCCCAAACCUUUGAACUAAAGGUCUAAUCCACAAGGCAGUGGAGCAGCGUUAGGAGAUGCAGUCCCGUUGUAGCCGGUGAUUAAUAGGUUCAUACACCAUUUAUUCCCUCCUGAAGACUAUAUGGAACAUUGAUUUGGAGUCAGGGUUUUCCAACUCCCUUAGGUGGACCCGCCAACCCGGUUAAAGCGCUGGAUGUUCACUUCUCAUCCUCUCGAUUUCGUAAACAACACCCCCAUUACGAAAAGGUAGUGAGUAGGAUUUCCCUGACUGGCUGUAUAUAUGUGACCAUGUAAAAGCAUUUCAAGAGAGAGCGAACUCGACCGUACUAAGGUAUUUGGCUGUUCUGCAGUCUAUAGGACAUUAUAUGUGGUGUGGCAAGUCAGAUGACAGUUGAUCCGAAAUAAUUAAUUAAACGGUCACCACAAGCAACAACGUCUUUUGAAUACAUCAAGUGAAGUCGUUAACGCGUAGACUUCUAGAAAUCUACGAGACAUUAAUUUGUAUUGCAGAGCCUUCCUAAUCAUACUAAGUGAGCGAAGCAGAAGUGGUCUUGCUAAUUUCAACCCCAUACAGAAGAAGGUUGGAUAUUUGUUCAGCAACCUCAUCCCAUAGAAAACAACCUUGCUAAAAAAAACUCUAACCAGAAUAAACCAUUUCAACUGUGUUCUCCAAGUUGAAGCAUCUUUAUUCAAAAGAAUUAUGAAGCCUCAUGAUGUAAGCUGAGAUUCUUCAGAAGUUACAAAAGCGAAUGAUAGAAUAGGAUUAACACUAAAGAACAUCAAAGUAACAUAUUCUAUACACAGUGGAUGGAUUUAAUUUUGUUGUUGUUGUAAACAUUUUUUUAUACACUAAGAACAUGGAAUGAUGCAAAUAAACAGAGAUUCGAAAACAUUUUUGUAUUGUACAAUCAUCAGGCAUAUAAAUUCAUAUAUUCACAUAAAUUCAAUCUCGUUAGUAACGAACGAAAUACAAACACAAUUCUUUUUUUCUCUUCUGUUUUUUUUUGUUGAAGAGAAAAUGUUUUCGUCAUUGAUUUCUUCUUCACACUUUCACUCAAAUCAACAAUGAUAUCACGUUUUAUUCAUUACAUUUUGAAAAUAAAAAAGUUGGACAGUUAAAAGUAAAAAAAAUGUAUCUUGUACACUAUACAAUGCUUAAGGUAUUUUUCCAAACUGUUCAAAUUAUUGAUCGAAAUCAAUAAGAUUAUAAUUUGAUUGUUUUCAAAGAAUAGUAAUAUGUAAUA